AUGUCGCUCUUCCGAUCAAGCCUCCUGCGCUCCGCUCCUCGCACAACCAGCCUCAAUGUAGCUGCCCGACGCUUCGCCAGCGGUGACUACGGCUCAGGCGCCGUCAAGCCUGGCACACCCAACAACGCCGUCGACAAGGAGCACCCAGGCCCACCGCCACCCAGCGUGGCUCAAAAGGGCAACGAGCAUAAGUCAGGCAGCAACGACUCGCAAAAGAGCGACAGCAACGAUGCACAGAAGUCUGGCUCAUCAUCAUCAAGUGGAAAGAGUACGUCUGAUAAACCUCAACCAAAGAUCCUCAGCGCAAACCCGCCAGCCGAGGGACAGGAGCCCGAGGAUGUGGCCGAACACAACAGAGAGAUGGCACAGAGAGCUGACAAAGCGGCUGAGAAGGUGAGCAAUGAAGAUGCGAAAGACGAUAAGGUUUCGAAAGGGUUCUGGUCAGGUACAGGUGGACGGGAUCGCGAACCGUAG